GAGACUACUACCCCUCAAAAAAAACGAGACUACUGAUUCCGAGAGGAAAUAGAUCGAUCCCUCCCGUCUCUUCGUUUCUCGCAUCUGAGCGGCGCAGGGAGUUGCAGGGGAGACGGCGAGCGAAGGAUCUGGGCGACCGGAGGCUGCCGGCUGGCCGAAGGCGAGCGAGGGGCGCAAUCUACUCGUCCCCUCCUUCCUCUCCUUCGGCAAUUCCUUCGUGCCUUCCAGGACUUUGGCAACGUAACGAGUUUGCUUCUAUGCAAGGUUAUACAUUUAGGCUCAACUUGCCCAGGCUCCAUAAAAUUUCUGGCUCCGCCACUGUCAUGGACACAACUUCCGUCCAGCUCAGCGUGCCGCCGUCCGACGCCAUGGAGGCAGCCGGCGUCGGCAAGUGCCUAUUUCCCGCGCUCACGGCGCUCGACCUCUGCGGCUACUACAUCGAAGACGGCCUUGCCACCCUUCUCCCCCACUGCCCGCGCCUGCGAGUGCUCCGGUACGCCGCCCAGUACCAUCCCGACUACGAGGACUACGCCAUCACCGUCCACUCGUCGACGCUGCGCGAGCUCGUAGUGGAGGAAAGUGGGGUGAAUUUUGUAUGCCGCAUCGACAUCGCGGUGCCCGCGCUCAAGCAGCUCACCGUGUACUUCGAGGCCCGCGAGGACCUCACCGUGUCCGUACUGGCGCCGAUGGCGGAGAAGGUCUCAUGUCGCUGCCGUUAUGGUGGCGGCUGGUUUACAGGGUUUGGGUGUUGGGAAAUUGAGAAGGUGAGCUUAUUCUCGCCGUCACCAUCACCGGCCCCGACGGCACAGACACGGCGACCUACGCUGCUGCGCAUUGAUGCUUGCAAAGGGGAUGACUGGUUAUUUACAGCCGACGAUUACCCGGCCGAUCACUUAGAGCAAGAGUUAGAGAAGCAUCUGCAGCAGCAGGUUGCCGCCGACUUGUCCGCCAUUGAUUUGGAGCUGCAUCUCACGUCUCUAGGCCACGUCUAUGGAGCAUUCGUGUUGCUUCUCCUCGGGACGCGUCCGGUUCGCACCUUCAAGCUUGCGCUACUCAUGCCUGAAUGCAAGUUUUUUAUCCACAUUGCAGAAAUGAGGGUGCUGAGAAAUGUUGAAGAUGUUGGUGGGGAAAAUCUGACGGGAAAACUAAGCUUGGCGCCUGUGGAAACUUUGUGGAACGAAUGGGAGAUCCACUGCCUGGUGCUCACGAGCUUGGCAUUGCAAUUCCUCCUCUUCCUCGCAGCAGGGAUGCGAAGGCGUAGCACAUCGUGCAUCCUCGGCGCCGUCCUGUGGCUCGCCUACCUGUUAGCCGACUCUGUGGCUGUCUUCGUCCUUGGCCACCUCGCCGUCCGCGUGAGCGGACCACAACACGAGCUCAUCGCCUUCUGGGCACCAUUCCUGCUCGUCCACCUGGGCGGACAGGACACCAUCACCGCCCUGUCCAUGCAGGACAAUGAGUUGUGGAAUCGUCACCUCCUAGGCCUCGUCUCCCAGGUGGCAGUGGCCGGCUAUGUCGUGUCCAAGCCGUCUUGGACAGAUAAGCGGCUGUUGGCUGCCACCGUGCUCGUCUUCCUCUCUGGGAGCUUCAAGUAUGCUGUCCGCACUUGCUGCCUUUACAUAGCCAGGCCAGCACAAAUCAGGGGUGCAUCCAUGCGUAUUUUGUCAGACACACUAACGAUGCUGAAGGAUGCCACGGAAGAUGUAGGACAUGCGCCCACACUCCUGAGAACACAGAGAGAUUUACUUAGGUUUUGGAAUGCCAAAUUUGAUUUGAUGCUGGGUAAAUCUGACAAGAGGGGUUUUCUUUUGGAGAAGGAAAUAUAUCAAGAUGCCAAGGAAAUCAUGUCGGUGGACGCUCCUCCAAAUAACAAGGAGAGCGUUUUACUUCGGGAUGAUCUGCCAAACAUGCUAGAGAAGUUUCAAUCAACCUCAUGCCUCCAUCAGCCAUAUGACUAUGUUGGCAGAAAUUUGGUAAAAUGUUAUGAGAGGUUCUACACAAAAAUGCCACUUCUACGUUUCUUCCACACGGUCGGUGCCGAACUUAUUUUAACCGUAUACUGUAGCAAUUUAGGUAUUGGAAAAUUCAUUAUUUUUUCGACUAUUAUGAUUAUCUGGUUGAUAGUUAUCCUACUCCAAAAUUUUCCUAUCCCGAUAGCCCUAGUGCUCUUCACCAUGGCUGAAAAGGGGAACCAAAUCCAUAAUAGAGCUGAUGUUACUGUGUCCUACAUAUUGCUCAUAGGAGCCAUAAUCCUAGACGUGUCCUCUGCCUCCAUGUCCAUUCUUUCCUUCGUGGGAUCCAACAUUUGUAGAGGUAGGAUUAAAAUCAUGGUCUUGAGUGUGGCCAACUACAUUCAGCCAACAUGUUACAAAAGACAGUGGUCCGAGGAGUUAGCGCAAUACAGCAUGGUUAAGAGGUACGCCACAGGAGAUGCUAGAGGCAUGCCAUAUGUGCGGCAAUGGAUUGGCAAGCGUUUAAUAGCUUGCGGUGUCGAACUAUUGGAUCCAAGCAUGACACACACACAUGUCACCGAAGAUCUCAAGGGGUUUGUCCUCAACAAAUUGGUACAGUUUGGAAUUAAAAAACAGUACAAUUUUGCCGAUUUCCGUGGCCAGCUAGCACUUCAAGAGUGGAGGAAGAAUGGUCCAGGGACGGAGGCUCUGUAUUAUAGCAUCAACGAGGUGAAGGAUUUCCCCACAAGCAUCCUAAUCUGGCAUAUUGCAACAGACAUUUGCUACUACUCUGGAAGCAGCUGCACGGCCAACACAGAAUGUGAUAGGUCGAAGAAGAAGAAGAAAUUGAGCAGAGAGCUGUCAAAUUAG